AUGACUGACAGCAGUGAAAAUGAAAGUGAUGAGGAGUGUGAUGCAACAGACUUUGGCUCCAGUGCCAGCUGUUGCAAGCAACAGAAACUGGAAAAUGAAGCUUUGAGAAAGCGACUAGAAAAACUAUACAAGAGGCUUAACAUUGCACGUAAGUCUUUUUAAAUUAUAUAAUGACUUCCUAUCUAAAAGUCAUUAAUUUUGUCUCUGGUUAACAUCAGAGCAAUUCAGCAAUAAUUAUAUUGUCGUACUGCACACAUUUCUUUUGUAGGUUCUAUCAGUCACAUAAGAUCAGAUUCAAAUACACACAGAACUACAAAUAAAUGUCAUAAUCAAAGUUAACACAAAUAAAUGCCAGGGCUGUUCACUAAAAUUUUACCUAGCAGACCAGCUUUUAUUUGAGCCUACUGUUACAUUAAGAAAAUAUCUGAUGGUAGUUUCUUGAAUUCAAUGUUUAAAUCAAGUUUGACUUAAUGUAUUUAAUAUCCUUCAGUGGUUUUAAGUGUUUGAAGUAGGUAAGCACAAUUUAAAUAUUGUUAAAAAAUGUGUCGUAACAAGAAGUUUGACAACUUAAAUUUUUUAUGUUGUCUUGCAGUAAAGGCAAAGACAGUCGAGGAGGUGGUAAAAAACAGACCAGUGGCUGGCAUUCUGGACGCAGCAUUGGCUGUCGAGUAUAAGGUAAUUCAUUAUUUGUCUGUUCUGCAUGCCAUCAAGAUAAAUUAAAUUGCACAAUCUGGAUUGCUCACUUUACAUCUGACUGCUACCACACAUCGUUUCUUUGACCACUGGUUGGUUAGAAUAACAACUUCAUAUAAUAAGGACUGAAAGGAGUGGCUGGAGAGGACUAAAAAAUAUGUUUUCUCUAGAUUGUUGCAUACAGACCAAGGGAAAGUAUUUCUCUUCAGUCCAACCAAACUAGCCAAAGUACCUGUUAGAGCUUCACUUAGGACUGCAGUGUUACAAAUUAACUGUACAACUGUUGUUGUUUUUUAUUUACAGAUGGUUGAAGUAAUGGAGGGAUCAGGGGUAUACUGGUACUCCCACCAGCGGGCAUAUUGCUCUGCAUUUAAGCAUUGGGCGGGCUACAUCAAUGCUGCCAUAGAUAUAUUUUUUAACAAAGAAAUACUUGCUGCCUCUUCUGCAAUGGGGAAUGAAAAAAAGAGCAAGAAUGGAAGUAGCCAUCAGCCAUUAAAUCCCCUUAUCAUCCAAGCUCUUAUUGGUAGGUUUAACUAAAUGCAGAUACAGUAUGCCUUUUUAUGAAAAGGUAGAGUCAUGCAGUUGAUUUAAGGUUAAAGUUUUACUUUUUUAAAAGGUUUUUACAACUGGUAUCUGUAUGUUGAACUGACAGAAGAGUAUUUUUAGUGGAGUUAAUACAUUUUGACCCAUCCACACAAGUAAAUGUUUUUUCAAAAGCUGCUAUACUCACAGAUCCACAAUAAAAACUUCACUUUUUAAAACUUUUGAUGAAAGUAUAGAUUUCUUAUUAUUUGUUUCAAUCAGUGUAAGGCCAUUGCCUAACGUGAAUCCAGUCGAAUGGGGAGCUCAAGAAAUGGCUCUAGACUAGGAACCUUUUUUGCUGUAGCACUCAAUAUUUCACAAGUUUGGCUCCUACCUUUCACCUUUUGGCUUUAUAGUCUCUUUCUUUUCUUUCUUAAUGCAUCAAAAAUCCAAGUUUUUAAAUGAAAACACAAUACAAAUGUGGACCCAGGCAUCUUAAUUGAGUAAUCAAUGAUUAAUGAUGGUUAAUUAACUAGUGAUAGAGAUAUCGAAUUUCCUUUAUAAUCUAGCGCGUGGCCUAGCGUCUCAUCUUUUGUCAGAUCCGGAGACGAGGCGUAAUCUCUUAUUCCUUCACGUUCUUUUCUCCAAACUCUUUCAUUCCUAAUGGCACUCUCCGCAGGCGCACGUCCAAAACGCCGCUCCAAGAAGGUGUCUGAUCCAGACUUCGUGUACAGUUUUCCAACGGACUCGCUGUUUCACGACGCUCUCAUUCUGGAGCAGAGCAAUCCCGUUGACCCCGUUCUCUUCGAACAGUCUCCCAAGUCAGAAGCUAGAUCGUCUAAAUCAAAAAACAGACCAGUUACAGUACCUGGAGCUUCUUCACCGCCAUUCGUUCCUGACGUCGAUACCAAUCCUUCUCUUUCAUUCGACCAGCAGCUUCAGUUGAUCAAACUACAAAAGGAAAAGUUGGAGCUGAAGGUGAAAGUACUUGCCAUGAGCCGCCAGGAAUGCCCUCUCGAAAAUUCGUUCGCAGAUCUCUCCACGCGAAACGCCAGAGAUGCUAUUGUGCCAGGACACACCAAGCGCAACAUCGACUGGCCACAGGAUUUUGUUCCGUCCAUUCAAGGUGAAUAUGAUAAGUUAGAACUGCCCGAGUUUGUUUCGGGUUUCUUGAUUAUGAUCAAAACCUAUGAUUCUUCGCUAAAGGAUGCCAUGUUAGCUCAUCUCGAGUUACUACUCACUAAAGCAAUUAGUUAUUCGUGGAUUAGCGUUCGUGGUUUUCAUAAAUUUAUCGCCAAAAAGGUCGAACAGCGUCGUUCGGAAUGGCAGGAUUUUAAGUCUAUCCAAGAUCAAGCCACAACCUUUUUUCGCCAUUCAGAUUUACGAAAUACACGACAGCGAAUUGACAACCCGCGUCAACCCUCUCACAACGCAUCCUCGGGUGAUCGUCAACAGGCGGUUCCACCCACAGUCAAAAAAGCUUGCAAAACCUGGAAUUACGCUGGCUCUUGUGAUUGCGAUCCGCAAGAUGAAGUUAAUUACAAAGAACAUCACUGCUGUCGAGUGUGCAAGGCGGAUCACCCGAUGCUUCAUUGCUCAAAACGUCGCACACCAAUCCCACCUCAAUGACAACUAGGCCGAGUAAUUCCAGACGAAAUUUCCUCAGCGACCUCUUUGACCCGGAACGGAAACGGACAUGUACAGUUUAAAACUUCAGCAGUUGUUUGACAUUUAAUUGCUUCUCGUCUCCAGCAGCCAAAUGCCUUCGGUGCCAAGGUUUUGGUUCCUACUUCGCUCUUGCUUUCGAACUGGAGAACACUGCUUUCCAAUUAUCAUGAUAACAUUGUGAUCGAUUAUCUUUCGUACGGUUGGCCUGUUAAUUAUACAGCACACACUCCUCCUGUUUCAUCAUUGCAUAAUCAUCCAUCUGAUACGAACUUUGCUUCGCAUGUGCAAACCUAUCUUGACACUGAAUUAUCUUGGAAUGCUAUAGCCGGACCCUUCGAUCAUCCUCCAUUUGCAGACGAUUUCGUAUCCUGGCCUCUUCAAACAGUGCCCAAACGUGGUAACUCGACGCGGCGCGUGGUUAUGAAUUUGAGUUUCCCUCACGGCUUCUCAGUCAACGAUGGCAUUCCUCAAGACACCUAUCUGGGCGAGCAUUUUAAGCUACGUUUGCCUGGCAUUGAUCGCCUCGUUGAAUUCAUUCUCGAGAAAGGUCGUAACUGUCUCAUUUUCAAGAAGGACUUGCGUCGGGCUUAUCGACAGUUUCCUGUAGACCCCAAGGACUAUAAUUUACUGGGCUUUCGCUAUAAGGGUAAAUUUUAUUUUGACACUCGUUGCCCUUUCGGUUUGCGUUCGUCAGCUAUGAUUUGCCAACGCACGACAAAGGCGGUUGUCCAUAUCUUCACUGAACAGGGGUUUUUCGUAGACGUUUAUCUUGAUGAUUUUUACGGCGCGGAAUAUCCAUCUCUUGCAGCCCAGGCCUUUUCCUGUCUUGGUCAGCUAUUCCAGCAUCUCGGCUUAGAUUCUUCUCCUGAGAAGGACUCGCCUCCUUCAACGUCCAUGAUUUGUCUCGGUCUUCUUGUUGACACUGCAGCGUUCACCCUCGAGGUUCCUCCUUCAUGUCUCGAUGAUUUACAGGCCGAACUCAAACUUUGGCAAUCCUCUACCUGUUUUACUAAGAAACAACUUCAGUCCCUUUUAGGGAAGCUCUCUUUUGUUACCGCUUGCGUUAAGCCCGGUAGAAUCUUCAUGGCUCGACUCCUCAAUAGUCUUCGCGAGUGCACGCAGCCAGCCCGUCACCGAUACCCCAUUUCUGCUUCUCUGCUCUCAGAUAUUCAGUGGUGGCUCGAUUUUCUUCCCCGGUUUAAUCGUGUAUCGCUCAUCAAGCCUUCCUCCUGGGACUUUGAGAGCCUUAACUUCUCGACUGACGCCUGCCUUUCUGGAGGGGGCGCUACUUGUCAAACGGAGUGCAUUAGCUUUGUUUUUCCUGAUUGUAUUUCUCCUGCCAAUCUUCAUAUCAACGCGCUGGAACUUUUCACGAUCAUUGUUUCACUCAAGCACUGGGCUCCUCAGUUACGCGGAUGCAAAUUCAUCAUUGCCUGUGAUAACUCCGCCGCGGUGACCGUUAUCAAUUCUACAAGAUCCAAGGAUCCUUUCAUGCAGCACUGUCUCCGACAACUUUGGUUCACCGCUGCUCUUUUCGAUUUUGAAGUUCGAGCAGCCAACAUAAUCAAUUCGCGGACUGUCUCAGCCGUUGGCAUUCAGAUGCUUCAGCUCGCGAUACUUAUUAUCGUCUGUGUAGUGACUUUGAUCAGAUUUUUCAUUAUCAAGAUAUUGACUCUGCUUGUUUUUCUUUCGACGUUGCGUGACAGUAUUUUCUUUUUUCUUUUGUAGACUUCCACAGGGGAUCAGGUUCACAUUUCUCUCCAGCUGUUUCGCUUGUCACCUUGGAGUCUUUUGUGUCACGUCUUAUCACAAUGGCUCACGCCACGUCAACACAGAAAAACAUCGCAGUUCAUAUCCGUAGUUACCAGAUUUUUUGUGAACAGAGGGCUCUCCAGUCCUUUCCGAUUAGUGUAAAAUCUAUAAGUUUGUAUAUCGCCUAUUAGUCAUGCAAAAACGCGCUUCUGGUACUAUUCUUAAUCAUCUUAGCAGCCUCAAACAUGCUCAUCAAAUUGCCGGAUACGAGCUCACCUGGAGUUCUAAUUAUCAUUUUCAACUUUUGCUGAGGGGCACUAAACGUUUCUUAGGCUAGGCUGUCGCUCGAAAAUAUGCUAUUACACCUUCUAUUUUGCACGCCGCAUUUGACCAUUUCAAUCUCUCACUUCCGCUGCACGCAGCUAUGUGGGCUUUGUUUCUAGUUGCAUUUUUUACUUUUUUACGCAAAUCCAAUUUAGUACCAGACAACCCGCGGCGAAUUUCUCCUAAGGUCAUCACUAGGGCAAGUUUGGCUUUUACACCUGUGGGCGCUAACAUCCAUGUCUCCGCUACCAAGACCAUUCAGUGUCAGCAACGUUCUCUAGAUUUGCCCAUCCCCAGGGUCCCUGGGUCUCAUCUUUGCCCCAUUUUCGCUCUUCGUCGCCAUUUAUCCCUAAAUCCCGGGCCAGUUUCUGCUCCCCUUUUUUCAGUUAUAUCGGGGUCUGGUCUACAACCAAUUACUUACAAGCAAUUUUGCGCCUUUCUUUCUCGGGUUAUUUCUAGUCUCCACUUAGAUCCCUCUAAAUUUUCUCCUCAUAGUUUUCGACAGGGCGGGGCGGGGCGGGGCUACUUUUGCCUUUGACUGUCAUAUUCCCUCGGAAAUCAUCAAAUUGCAGGGCGAUGGGCAAAGCGACGCAUAUCUCGUGUAUCUAGAAUUAUCUCAGCAGCAGAAACAGCGCGCGGGUCAAGCUAUGGCGGACAAGCUUCAGACUAUGUUUCCAGAAUAAUGAUUUCUUAAUAGAUUUCCAUUAUUUUUUCUUUUUUCAUUUAUAACCUUUUCGUAUUCUCCUCAAUCACCUCACUCUCCAUUUUUCUACGCUCCAGUUUGGGCACUUUGGCGUUCUUGUUUAUUGUCCAGUAUUUUGUCAGGCAGUUCUCGCACUGUGCAAUAAACUCAUUUUGCCCCAAACUGUUGCGUCGUCUUGGUAACGUGGGUGAUUGAGUAAUCAUUGAUUAAUGAUGGUUAAUUAACUAGUGAUAGAGAUAUCGAAUUUCCUUUAUAAUCUAGCGCGUGGCCUAGCGUCUCAUCUUUUGCCAGAUCUGGAGACGAGGCGUAAUCUCUUCCCACCACUCCCACCCUUAAACAAUGUAUCUUUGAUUAGUUUUUUCUUCUUAGUUGCGUUCUUGUUUAUUGUCCAGUAUUUUGUCAGGCAGUUCUCGCACUGUGCAAUAAACUCAUUUUGCUCAAACUGUUGUGUCGUCUUGGUAACGUGGGUGAUUUACUGAUAAUGCAUAAGUAAGUUACAGGUUUGAGAACAUGCUUCACUCUGGCAAUUCCUAAUUCAAAGCAAACUUUAAAGAGAUGUAAUUUUUGUAAUCUUCCUUCAAACAAGGUUUGCUCCAAGUUCAAUAAAGAUGUCCCCACACCAAGCCAGAUUGUCCAAAAAUCAACAUGA